AAUAGCAUAUCUGUAACAGAGUCCACAGACACUCUGAUAGAGGAACGCACAAAGAGAAGGAGAGAGAAGCACAAUAAAUAUGGUGACAAAAACAGAAGAGAUGCAAUUGAAUAGAUUGGAGAGUCAAGUGGACAAUGGAGGAGGAGGGGCAUGGGAGUAUCUCUGCAUGGUUAGAAAGCUCAAAGUUAGGCGUUCUGUCAAGGUGUUUAAGCAUGGUUUAUUGAUCUUGAAUGACUCCAAGAAAAGAUCCAGUCUUGGUCCUGAAGAAUGGACUCUAUAUGAGCAGGUUGCAGUUGCAGCCAUGGACUGCCAUUCUCUUGAGGUUGCAAAGGACUGUGUAAAUGCGUUGCGGAAGAAAUUUCCAGAGAGUAAAAGAGUUGGCAGACUGAAGGCAAUGUUACUUGAAUCAAAGGGGUCUUGGGGAGAGGCAGAAAAGGCUUACUCAAGCCUUUUAGAGGACAAUCCUUUUGAUCAGGUAGUACACAAGAGAAGGGUAGCUUUGGCAAAGGCACAAGGCAAUUUGACAGGGGCAAUUGACUUGCUCAAUAAGUAUCUUGAAACAUUUAUGGCUGAUCAUGAUGCCUGGAGAGAGCUUGCUGAAAUAUACAUCUCCUUGCAAAUGUACAAGCAAGCAGCGUUCUGCUAUGAAGAGCUGAUAUUAUCUCAACCUAUGGUCCCGCUGUAUCAUCUAGCGUAUGCUGAUGUGCUUUACACUCUUGGUGGAAUUGAAAACCUUCUGACAGCGAAGAAAUAUUAUUCUUCCACCAUAGAUUUGACUGGGGGCAAGAACACCAGGGCACUUUUUGGUAUUUGUUUGUGUACCUCAGCUAUUGCACAGCUUUCAAAAGGACGAGACAAGGAAGACAAGGACAGUCCAGACUUGCAAUCUUUGGCAACAGCAGCUUUGGAGAAAGAGUACAAGCAGAGAGCUUCUGACAAACUCUCUGUGUUCACUUCAGGUUUUAAAAGCUUGAAAGUUUCAUCAUAACUCGAUCCUUUUUUUUUUUUUUGAAGAUUUUCGUUGUUGCCCCAGACUCUAAAAUCUGAAGUGGCCCUCAGUAACGUAACCAAAAGCUAAAAUUUAUAAACAUUGCAGAUUCCAUAUAAUUUAAAUGAGUUAUAAUAUCGGUCUUUUUGUUGUUUA